AUGGUGGACCUUGCCCCAAUUGACAUCUUCUCGCUGGCUGUCUACUGCACCACCUUCAUCCUGGGGGCACCCUCCAACGCUGUGGCCCUCUGCAUAUUCUUCAAGGAGCUGAAGCGCAAACCCACGCCCAAUGUCAUCUACAUGAUCAACCUCUGCAUCUCCGAUGGGCUCUUUGUUGCUUUUCUGCCAGUCAAGAUGGUGGAAACAGUGUGGGGUGAGUGGGUGCUGCCCGUGGUCUUCUGCCCCAUCUACCACAUCUUCCACUUCAGCACCAUCUACGCCAGCGUCCUGUUCCUCAUGGCACUCAGCAUAGGCAGGUACCUGAGCAUCGCCUUCCCCAUCAGGUACAAGAUGUACAAGAGUCCCCGCUACUCUUGUGUGGUUUGCUUCGUGCUCUGGCUCCUCGUCGUUGGCCACCUCGCCUUCAUCUUCCUGGUGGAAGCGACUGGGUCACAGGACCACCUGGUGGCCCCAGCCGAGAGCAACGCCUCAACCUGUUACGCCAACUUCACCCAGAACCAACUAGACUUGCUGCUGCCCCUCAGACUGGAGCUCGCAGUUGUCUUCUUCCUGGCCCCCUUGGUGCUCACCUCCUUCGCCUACCUUGGCUGCUUUUGGGAGCUCAGCAGGAGCCAACUCCCUCAGCGGGAGAAGCGUAAGGCCCUCCGGGUGGCCGCCAUCACCUUGACGACCUUCGUGGCCUGCUUCGCCCCCUACAAUGCCUCCCACCUGGUCGGCUUUGCCCUACACGAGAAUGUCAACUGGCGGAGGGAAGCCCUGCUGCCCAGUGUGGCCAGCGCUUUCCUCAACCCACUGGUCUUCUUCUGCUCCUCCUCUGCUCUGCAGCAGAGCACCACCCAGUACUGGCAGGGCACCAAGCAAUACACCAGCAGCGUCAAGCAGAGCUUGCUGCGCAUCUGGCACGGUGCGAUCCCACAGGAGAAGGGACUGAACAGAGAUCUCACGCAAACAUCGGACCCAGUUCCAUGCGGAACAUCGUCUCCAGGGAUCGGAUGUGAAUGA